GCAGCCGAGCAGCGACAGCGUCGCUCAGACUCCCGAGCUGCUGCGGCGUUACCCUCUGGAGGACCACGUGGACUUUCCCCUGCCCCCCGACGUGGUGUUCUUCUGCCAGCCAGAGGGAUGCCUCAGCGUGAGGCAGAGGCGCACCAGCUUCCGCGACGACACCUCCUUUGUCUUCACCCUCACCGACAAGGACACGGGCGUCACGCGCUACGGCAUCUGCCUCAACUUCUACCGCUCCUUCCAGAAGCGAGUGCCCAAGGAGAAAGGGGAAGGCCCCGGGGGCCAUCGAGCUCGGGAGGGACAGAAAACCCCCAAAUGCGGGGAUCUGCAGGCUCCCAGCACAGAGUCCCAGCCAGAGGGGGCUCGCUCGCCCUGCAGCAAGCGCCUGGGCAAAGGCGGGCGCCGCUCCCGCAACAGCACCCUCACCUCCCUCUGCAUCCUCAGCCACUACCCCUUCUUCUCCACCUUCCGCGAGUGUCUCUACACCCUCAAGAGACUUGUGGACUGCUGUAGUGAGAGGUUGUUGGGCAAGAAGUUGGGCAUUCCUCGCGGGGUGCAGAGGGAUACAAUGUGGAGGAUCUUCACAGGCUCCCUGCUGGUGGAGGAGAAGUCGAGUGCCUUGCUGCACGACCUGAGGGAGAUUGAGGCCUGGAUAUACCGGCUGCUGCGCUCGCCCAUGCCUGUCGCCGGGCAGAAGCGGGUGGACGUGGAAGUCUUGCCCCAUGAGCUGCAGCCAGCUUUGACCUUUGCUCUUCCUGAUCCAUCCCGCUUCACCUUGGUGGAUUUCCCACUACAUCUGCCUUUGGAGUUGUUGGGAGUGGAUGCCUGCCUGCAGGUGCUGACCUGCAUCCUUCUGGAGCACAAGGUUGUACUGCAGUCCCGGGAUUACAAUGCCCUCUCCAUGUCUGUGAUGGCCUUUGUGGCUAUGAUCUACCCUUUAGAGUACAUGUUCCCUGUGAUCCCUCUGCUUCCCACCUGCAUGGCCUCUGCAGAACAGUUGCUUCUAGCCCCUACACCUUACAUCAUUGGUGUUCCAGCAAGUUUCUUCCUUUACAAGCUGGAUUUUAAAAUGCCUGAUGAUGUAUGGCUUAUUGACCUGGAUACCAAUAGGGUAAUUGUUCCUACAAAUGCAGAAUCUUUGCCAGCACUCCCAGAACCAGAAGCUUCAGAGCUGAAAAAGCAUCUGAAACAGGCACUGGCCAGCAUGAGUCUGAAUACUCAGCCCAUUCUUAACCUAGAGAAGUUCCAUGAGGGGCAGGAGGUGCCACUGCUCUUGGGAAGACCACAGAACGAUUUGCAGUCUACUCCCUCUACAGAAUUCAACCCUCUGAUCUAUGGAAAUGAUGUGGACUCUGUGGAUGUGGCUACCAGGGUUGCUAUGGUGAGAUUUUUCAACUCCCCAAAUGUCCUGCAGGGUUUCCAGAUGCACACUCGCACCCUUCGCCUCUUCCCACGACCCGUGGUGGCCUUCCAGGCAAAUUCUUUUCUUGCCUCUAGGCCCAAGCAAACACCUUUUGCAGAUAAGCUUUCCAGGACUCAGGCAGUAGAAUACUUUGGAGAAUGGUCUCUCAACCCUACUAACUAUGCUUUCCAAAGAAUUCAUAACAACAUGUUUGACCCAGCACUGAUUGGGGACAAACCCAAGUGGUACGCUCACCAACUGCAGCCCAUCCACUACCGGGUCUAUGACGGCAACUCCCAGCUGGCUGAAGCUCUCAAUGUCCCAGCAGAGAAAGAAACAGAUUCUGAUCCCACUGAUGACAGUGGCAGUGACAGUGUCGACUACGACGACUCCAGUUCCUCCUACUCCUCCCUUGGGGACUUUGUCAGUGAGAUGAUGAAAUGUGACAUUAAUGGUGAUACCCCAAAUGUUGACCCCCUGACUCACGCAGCCCUUGGUGAUGCCAGUGAAGUGGAAUUUGAUGAUUUUCAAGAAUAUUCAGGGGAUCUGGAUGAACAGGCCAUGGACAGUGAAAACUCCCAAGAGAACAACCAGCCUCGUUCAAGCUCCAGUACCACGGCCAGUAGCAGCCCCAGCACUGUCAUCCAUGGAGUGAAUCAUGAGUCAGCAGAUUCAGCAGAAAUAGAGGAGAAGUUGGUUGCUGGAUUUUCAAGCCACCUCCCUCCCUUGGCACUGCAAGCAAGCUUUCCCAAGAUCAGCUUGGAUCGUCAUGACAGUGAGAGUGCAGCUGGCAGCUUGAGCUCCUCAGAAGGGGUGGGGAGGAAGCAGGAGUAUGACAAUCCCUAUUUUGAACCACAGUAUGGUUUUCCCACGGAGGAUGAAGAUGAUGAGCAGGAAGAGAGCUACACCCCAAGAUUUAACCAGAAUCUUGGGGGAAACAGGUCUCAGAAGUUACUCCGUCCAAACAGUUUAAAACUGGCCAAUGAUUCUGAUGCAGAUUCAGAUUCCAGGGCCAGCUCCCCAAAUUCUACUGUCUCCAACAACAGCAGUGAAGGUUUUGGGGGCAUCAUGUCUUUUGCAAGCAGCCUGUACAGAAACCACAGCACGAGUUUCAGUCUGUCCAACUUGGCCUUACCAACGAAAGUUGGGAGAGACAAGAGCACUCCCUUCCCCAGCCUGAAAGUAUUUGGGUUAAAUACUAUAAUGGAGAUUAUUACUGAAGCUGGCCCAGUAAGCAAUGAAGGAAACAGACGAGCGCUUGUGGAUCAAAAGUCUUCAGUCAUUAAGCACAGCCCAACAGUGAAGAGAGAAUCUCCAUCACCUCAGGGGAGAACUACCAAUUCCAGUGAGAACCAGCAGUUCCUGAAGGAGGUGGUACACAACGUUCUGGACGGGCAGGGCGUGGGCUGGCUGAACAUGAAGAGGGUGCGGCGCCUGCUGGAGAGUGAGCAGCUCCGUGUCUUUGUACUAAGCAAGCUGAAUCGCACGGUCCAGUCAGAAGAAGAUGCUCAACAUGAUGUCAUACAGGAUGUGGAGAUCAGUCGUAAGGUUUAUAAAGGCAUGCUGGACUUGCUGAAGUGUACUGUGCUGAGCCUGGAGCAGUCCUAUGCCAACGCUGGCCUGGGAGGCAUGGCCAGUGUUUUUGGCCUGCUGGAGAUAGCACAUACUCACUAUUACAACAAAG